AUGGCUGUGAUCUCCGCCCUCUUGUGUUGCAGUGACUUCCCGAUGCAAUGGGACCAGCUCGCUCUUCACCGUAACUCUGACCAGAGGAGCUCGCUGGGCAGCAUGGACAGCUUGGACCAGCCCAGCCCCAGUGACCCCAGCACCUUCCCCAGCAAGAGAGACUCCGCCUACAGCUCCUUCUCCGCCAGCUCCAACACCUCCGACUACACCUUGUCCUCCUCGGUGAAGACUGACGAGUCAACCUCCAUGGACAGCAUGUUGCUGGGGCUGGGCAGGCUGGGGGAUGUCCUGCCCCCGGGCGGAGGGGAGGGGGAGGGGCGGGUAUGUUGGCAUUGUGGGAAGGGCCCGCCCCAUAGUGAGGGGGGCGUGACCAGGCCUGGCAGAGCCGCGCCCCCUCCCCCCGCGCGGCGGGAGAGCUUUGUGAUGACAAAAGUUCGCUCGGCCUCGCUGUGCGUCACGCGCUCCCAUGCUCUCGCCCUCUCGCUCCGGCCGGGCAAGUGGAGCUCGGAGACGCUGCUGAGCGGCAGGGAAUACGAGGAGGAAUGUUACCCCUGUGUGAGGGCCACUCGCCCCGCCCUGCCCCCCGCAGCGCCUCACCGGCACAGCGCCGAGAGUGUUUACCCAGGGACCCCCAGCCCCGCCCUGCACCCCACGGCCUCCAGCCCUCCCGAGACACCACUCCCCCAGCUCUGCUUGCAAGGCGCUGGGCCUGAGGUGGCCAAUCACAAGCUGAGCCUCACCUCCGGCAUUCCCAGGCAUGGCCAUGGGAAGGGAUUCUCCGGGCACCGGCACAGUGCUCCCGACCAGCUGCUCUCACCUUCACUCCCCACCCCCAGCUCCGCCCAGUGGGACCAGCGUGUCUCGUGCCAGCCGGGCACGGGUGAGGCCGAGGAGCCGCGCAGGGAAGAUGCCUCGCGGUGUGGAGCGGUGCCAGCGGGCAAGCACCGAGGGUUCGAAGAGAUUGAAGAGGAAUCGGCCGCUGGUUUUGGCGGUCGUUCUUCCCUGGACUGCGGUGACCAGCAACGGCCCCCGGGGGGCAGUGACGGGGGCGGGGGGCCGGGGGAAGACGCUGAUUGCGCAGAGCAGAAGCGGGGAGCCGGCAGGAGUGGGCGGGUGGCAGCCUCGCGGGCUGCUCGCCGACGCCGCAAGAGCGACCGCUUUGCCACCAGCCUGCGGCACGAGAUCCAACUGAAGAAAUCUCAGCUCCAGAGGAGCCGCGAGCGGGGGGAAGGUGAGGAAGAGGAGGAGGAGGGGGGGGACGCCGGCGAUAAGCCCCCGCGGGACCUGAGCCCCGAGGGCAACACAGCAUUGACUCGGGCUCCGAAUCCCGAAAGCAUGGCUCCUCCGCCAGAGGAACGUCACCUCCCGGCGGUUGAAGAUCUCCCCCCAAGGGGUCUGGCCGAACAGAGGACCUCUCCGCGGCCCCCCUCCCCCACCUGCAGGGCACGGACCUCCCCCAGGGUCUGGUGCAGUUGGACGUUGCCGCUCGAUCCUCGUGCUGGGAGGCCGAACGAGACCCCCAUCCCUGAGAGAGAACAGUCGCGCUCGGAGACAGCGAGCCAGGACACAGACACCCCCCUCAUGUCCUUUGCCGAGAGACGCAAGUUCUUCGAGGAGACCAGCAAGAUCCUGACCGCCUCUGAGCUGUCCGGUGCGGGGGUCUUCCCGAGGAGGUCGAGCAGCGUGGGGGGUAGAUGCCAUUGGCCCCCCGGUAUCGAGGCCCCGGGAGUAGGCGGACAGGAAGCCGAGCGGGGGGAGCGCAGGAACCAGGAGCUCCUCAGCCCUAUGAGAACCUGUACAUUACCAGAGUCUCGGCCCCAGCCCCAUGAGCAGCCCCUCCCUCGCCCUCACACUCGCCCUCGCUCACACUCACACAACACCUACCUGGAAGAACCUCCAUCCAUCACCAGGCGGCCCGUCCAACUACAGCCCUCGACACAUGAGGGAUUCCCGGUGGAAAAAUGGGAUCAGAUGGAAAUAACCAGGACAGUUACUGCAGGAGAAAGAGGGACGGUGUCACUGAGCUACAUGGAGGAACGCUGUCCGUGGGCACGGCCAGGUGUCAGGGAGCGAGGACGGAGGCCUGGCGAGGGUGUGGGGGCCUGGGACAGGCCGAUUGGAGCUGCUGGACCCCCAGUGACCAGCAGUGAGCUUCCAGCAUCCCAGCGGAGCGCGGAGUCCCCCUGUGUGUGCCUUGGCUAUCCCAGCCAGCGCCAGGCCCAGGACAGGGUGGUCCCACACAGCGAGGGGGUCCCACACAGCGAGGGGGUCCCACACAGCGAGGGGGUCCCACACAGCGAGGGGGUCCCACACAGCGAGGGGGCUGGGAAGAGACCAGAAUGUCCAUCAGGCAGCAGCAGGAAGAAGGGUCCGCCACCCCAGAGACCCCCACCACCCGACUGGGGCAAGUACUGUGCCCGGCGAGCCUCUCACCAUGAGCUGGGGGGCUUGGAGAGGCCGCAGACGCGCAAGCUCUCCCACCACGAGUUCCAGGACCUGGAUAAGUUCUGGCCGCGGAGAGGGUCCGGGUGUGAAGCAGAGCCCGCUGUCAGCCGGGGUCAAUCAGAGCAGCCGUUUGCCCGAGAGAGACAUCUGUACCGUGACCUCCCACCGGCCCCCUCGCCCCGGCCCAUCGCUAUGGAGCUGCGCCGCCAGCCCCUCAAUUCUCCUGAGCCAAGCUCCGCAGAAUCCCCCGACACCGGGUACAGGCACCAUCUGCAGAGAUCAGGGGGCGUUCAGCCGGUGUCGCUGGGCAGCGAGUAUCUGCUCAGAAGUCGAGCCGAGGUGGAGGGAGACGGGGACGGAAGAGGCGGUCAGACCUGGCCUUUCCAAACAGACCACAUGCCCCGCGCAGCGUCCAUUGGUCUGGGGAGGAGUGAGCCGGAGUCAGAGCCGGCCUGGGACAGGAGCACACAGUCCUACUUCACCAUCGGGAGCAGAGCGGACAACAAAUGGAAGGAAUCCGAGAUCUACGUCAGAUCCGCUCCGGUCCCUGGGAGGAUGGGGGUGGGAAGCCCUCCGGGGGAGGUUGGCGAGGGGCUGGAAACAGUGAGGGGCCAGGGUCUGGCUGGCCUCGGCUCGGGGGAGCUGGAGGAAGAGGCGGAGGAGAAGGAGCGCUUGCUGGCUGACUCCCUGGAUCCCGGCGCCCGGGUGACCAGCCCUGGAGAUCUGAUGAGCAGGGGCUUCCUGGGAAGCACAGAGGAGCUGGGACGGGAGAGCAGGAAGCAGAGCCUCCCAGAGAUCAGAGGUAGCGGAGUCCAGAGGUGGUCAGGCCCCAGCAGCCCACCGACUGCUGCCAUCAGCCCCACCUCGAGCUCCAGCUACUACAGCACGUCAGCGGCCAAGGCAGAGCUGCUGAACAAGAUGAAGGACCUCAGCCUCGCCUCCGCCCAGCAGGAAGAGAGAGAGCUUGAGGAAGAGGAAGAUGAACUGAACGAAAAAAAGCGACAGCUGAUUGACAGCAUCACCCAGAAGCUGGCCGUGCUCCACGAAGCCCAGAAGAGCCUGACAGAGGACAUCAGCGUGAACUGUGCGCUGGGGGAAGAGGCCGAGCUGAUGGUCAAGAGUAUCUGCCGACCACACGAAUUCGACAAGUACCGGAUGUUCAUUGGGGACCUGGACAAGGUGCUCAAUUUGCUGCUGUCACUCUCGGGCCGGCUGGCCAGAGUGGAGAAUGCCUUAAAUAACCUGGAUCCUGACAUUAGUGAGGAAGAAAUGCGAGCGCUGACGGAGAAGAAGAACCUGCUGUUGUCACAGCUGCAGGAGGCCAGGGAGCUGAAGGAUCAUGUGGAUCGGAGAGAGCAGGCCGUGCAGCAGAUCCUGGCCCGGCACCUUUCCCCAGACCAGCUCCACGACUACACGCACUUCGUGAAGACCAAGUCAGCGUUGAUCGUCGAGCAGCGGGAACUGCAGGACAAGAUCAAACUGGGCAAAGAGCAGCUCAACUGCCUGCGAGAGAGCUUGCUCACCAGAGGGUGCUGGAGCAGCAGUCUGAGCUCACCCUGAAGUACCUCACUGGCUCAGUCACCCUGGCACAGCCCAACCUGGCACAGCCCUACC